AUGGACUGCACCGUCUCACAAGCGCAGCCUGCUUCAAUUCUACCGUCACUCCAUGCUUCCUGUUCGCCAGAGCAGCAUCCCUGUCAUCCCAGUGAAGUCCGUUCAUCCCCAGUAACCCAUGUGGACCUCUACCCAGGCGUAGUUCCAGAAUCUGACCAUCCUCUGGCACUCUGCCUGUCAUCAGCUGCCUCCCAGACACUGGUCCAGGCCUCCAGAACACCCCCGCCUCCUCCGUGGACGGUACCGCCUUCCAAAAAGGGGGCCCCGGGAUUGAUCUGCGUGGUCUGCGGAGACACCUCUUCAGGGAAGCACUACGGGAUACUGGCUUGCAACGGGUGCAGCGGGUUCUUCAAGAGGAGCGUAAGGAGGAAGCUGAUAUAUAGAUGUCAAGCUGGUACAGGAAGGUGUAUCGUGGACAAGGCCCAUAGAAAUCAAUGCCAGGCAUGUCGUCUAAAAAAAUGCUUAGCGAUGGGUAUGAACAAGGAUGCUGUUCAGAAUGAGAGGCAGCCUCGAAACACAGCUACAAUACGACCAGAGACUCUACGGGAUAUGAGCGCUGAGCAGGAGAGGGCUUUGAGAGAAGCAGCCGUAGCAGUUGGAGUAUUUGGGUGAGUUUUUUCAUUCAAGGUGAAACCGGAUAAUAUUUAUGAUUCUAAAUGACGCACAACAUGAAAACAAUG